AUGGAGGACUUCAAGGCGGCCAUUUUGGAAGUGAUGGAUAAUAAAGUAUACCGUGAAAAUGUCAAACGUUUAGCUGAAAGAAUCCAGGAUGAACCUAUGACACCUCUGGAGAAGGCUAUCUGGUGGACGGAGUAUGUUAUUAGACACAAAGGGGCCCAGCAUUUGAAAGGGCCUAGGAUUCCGGUGUGGCAGUAUUACUAUUUUGAUGUUUUGGCGUUUUUGGGAGGGGUUUUACUAUUGAUUUUGGGGGUAGUGUAUGGGAUUGUUAAGUUGUUGAUCAAAGGUUUUAGGAAAUUGAAAGGGAAAUGUUGUAAGGUUGAUGAAAAGAAGAAGAAGAAAAGUAAAAAGGAGUAG